GGCCUCGAACAUGGACUACCAUUUGUGACAAGGAGGAUGGCCAACACGAAUACAAGUGCGAACGAGAUGACAUCACUUGUCUGCCAUGCCUUUGACACAACAAUAUUGAUACCCACCCCACAUAAAUUAGCAAAAAUAGAAAAGCAAAUAUGAAAAACUUGCUCAAAUAAUUGCCGAUCUAGACCACUCCGCAGAACGGUUAAGCUAGCACAAGUUGGUGUCUUUCCCUGUCCCCUUCACCUUGAGAUGCCAGCGAUCCACUAGGACCACCCCCCCAAGACCACCGAACAAAGGUCUCGUCACAUUCCUACUCCCCGUCACCACGCGAAUCUGCAAUACGCAAGCCACCGCAAGCAUCAUCCCCAGAAGCAACCUCGCAAUUUUGUAUUCUAUCCGUAGCGGCGGCGGAUCAGCGACAGGGCAGUUAGUCUUCAGCAGGUGGGGGAUCAUGGUGGCCAAGAGCAAGCGACAGCUCGCCAAGCUCGCGUUGCUCGCGCUCGCCCUGCUCCUCCUCCUCGCCGCCACCUUGCUGUGCGUCUUCUUGAUCCCGCGCCACCACCGGAAGCCGCUGCCGCCGGGCCCGCCGCCGGGGAACGCCUCGAACCCCGACGACAGCGUCGUGGCGUUCGACUUCUCCCCGUACCUCAUCAUGUACAAGAGCGGCCGCGUACACCGGCUGGACGGCACCGCCCGGUGCGCGGCCGGCGUCGACGAGGCCACGGGGGUGGCCUCCAAGGACGUCGUCAUCGACGGCGGGACGGGGCUCGCGGCGCGGAUGUACCUGCCCCCGGCGCCCGGCGGGGCGAAAGGGAAGAAGGACCCCGGCAGGCUCCCCGUGCUCGUGUUCUACCACGGCGGCGCGUUCGUCAUCGAGUCCGCCUUCACGCCGCUGUACCACGCGUACCUGAACGCGGUGGCGGCGAAGGCGCGCGUCGUGGCGGUGUCCGUGGAGUACCGCCUCGCGCCGGAGCACCGGCUGCCGACGGCGUACGACGACUCGUGGCAGGCGCUCAACUGGGUGGCCAGGAACGCCGGGUCCGGGCCGGAGCCGUGGCUGCGGGACCGGGGCAACCUGUCCCGCCUGUUCGUGGCCGGGGACAGCGCCGGCGCCAACAUCGCGCACAACAUGGCCAUGCGCGCGGGCACGGAAGGCGGGCUGGACGGCGGCGCGGCCAUCACGGGGCUCCUGCUCCUGGACCCGUACUUUUGGGGCAAGAAGCCCGUGGCCGGGGAGACGACGGACCAGGCGACGCGGCGCCAGUACGAGGCGACGUGGUCGUUCAUCUGCGGCGGCCGGUACGGCAUCGACGACCCGCUCGUGAACCCGCUGUCCGCGGAGCUGCGGAGGCUGGCGUGCUCGCGCGUGGCGGUGACGUCGUCGGGCCUGGACGACUUCCGUCCGCGCGGCAUGGCGUACGCGGCGGCGCUCCGGGACAGCGGGUGGGACGGGGUGGUCGAGCAGUACGAAACGCCCGGCGAGCGGCACGUCUACUUCCUGGACAGGCCCAAGGACCCCAACUCCGUCAAGGAGCUGGCCUUCGUCACCGGCUUCCUGAGCCGGGAGUAGCCAUGAGUGGCCUAGCAGCUAGCGAGGCAGAUCGCGACAUGGGCGUAGGUGCGAUCGCGAGGAUAGCGCUGCGGUAUAUGAUUGAUACUAGUAGAAUAUUGGCAGAGUAGCAUGUUCUUGUUGUUUUCAUGUGUUUGGAUUUACAUAGAGUGUUUAGUUAGACGGACUAAAAUCCCUAUCACACUGAUGGAGGCUAAUUUGCGAGACGAAUCUAUUAAGCAUAA